GGCCGUUCCAGGCAGCCGGGCGGUCUCGCGCCGCCGCCAUUGUGUUGCGGGAGCGGCGCGAGCGGGCGGCUCGGCCCGACCCGGCCCGGCCCGGCCUGCGCGGCGGCCCGGCCGUUACGGAUACAAAGGAUGGAGUCAAAACCCUCAAGAAUUCCUCGCAGGAUAUCUGUUCAGGCUUCCAGCUCUCCUGUAGGAUCUAGAAGUGGAAACAGUUUAUCUGGUGCAUAUAGUACAAGAGAAUCUUCAUGGAGAUUAGACUCUGGAUACCAGGAAUCCAGUUUAUUGAAUAGCUCCAGUAGAGACUGGAGAAUUGGAGAAAGGGACACCCGUGAAACUCCUUGGAAGCUUUCAGCGUCGUCUCCAACUCGCUACUCAGGGACACUUGAUCACCCUCAUUCUGGAAGAUUUUUGGGAAGCAGAAGCAGAUUGUCUACAUCUUCCCCUCAUUUCACAUCUGGGUGUUAUGGUGAGUCUGAGAGAACUCAGGGAGCAUAUCCAAGACUGCAUAGCCAGCAGCAAGAUAGUGACUCAAAGAGACCUAAACUAUCUUGUACAUCUACCUCUUCUGUGAGAAGUAAUGGCUUGGCUGCCUUUUCAGAUUCUUCCUGGAGAUGCAGUAGGAUUCCUAGAUCUUCAUCAGUAAUGCUUGGCUCCCUUGGAACUGAUCUGGUGAGAGAGCGAACACAGUUAGAAAGAAGAACAGAUCUGUCUGUUAAUAACCUGCUGGAUCCCAGCUACGGAAACAGUGACUUUUCACCUUCAACAUAUCUUCAAGACAGGCCUGCCUCUUCAUACGCAGAGGGAGCAAGACCAAAAGAAAACUCAUUAAGCACUUUGAGGCUGAAUGCACCCAUGAACCGCCAGUUGCCUUCUGAUCAUCAGCCAUCUUUUUUCAACAGAGACUCUAACGUUAGCUCUUCAAGAUCCAGCUAUUCUUCAAGACAAAGGAGAAAUGAAUUGGAAUCACCCCAGAGGAGUGUGCAGCCAGCAUUUCCUCUUACUGCCAUUAGAGAUGAACCCCCUUCCUCAAGUGGUUCCGAAAGGAUUUUAUCCUCUCAGAGGUCAUUGAAUGAGUCUGGAGCUGACAGUGAAGGGAGGCGCACGACCAGACAGCUGCUGUCUCGUUUAGCAUCUAGUAUGUCGUCUACAUUUUUCUCUCGAAGGUCUAGCCAAGACCCAUUGCAUACAAGAUCGUUAGGCCCUGAAGAGUCAACAGUGGUCCCAAGAGUUCAAGCUACUGCUCUGUCAAGUAGUAAUGGAGCUGCAACUCCGGAGGUUCCAGGACUUCAGUCAUCCGAAGCUUCUCAGGGGUUCAGUUUUCUUGGACGAAGAUGGGGUUUAUCAGGAGUUUCACAGAAUCGCAACUCUGAUUCUGAUGGGGAAAGUUACAGACCAGACACUGAAAGUAGGAGCACAGGAUCCUGGUUGUCAUCCUCUUUGAGGAACAGAUGUACGCCUCUCUUUUCCAGAAGAAGAAGAGAAGGACGAGAUGAAUCUGCAAGGAUCUCUACCCCUGAUACAACUGCUAGAUCACAACAUGUCUUUAGAAGGAGAGAGUCAGGUGAGGAGACCUCCCUUGAAGCAUCAGAUAGCCCUCCUCGGGCUUCUGUUAGCAGACCAACGCCUGCAGUAUCUGUUAUUUCUACAGCUACUGCCUCCCCACCGGAUUCAGCCUCCAGUGGAAGACGUUCAGGAAUUCUGCCUGCUUCUCUCUUUCGCUUUGCAGUGCCUCCAACAUUAGGAAGCAGUCUGUCUGACAAUCUUAUGAUAACUGUAGAUAUUAUUCCCUCUGGCUGGAAUCAGUCUGAUGGACAAGAAAGUGGCAAGUCUAAAAUACCACCUUCAAGAGAUCCAGAAAGACUCCAGAAAAUUAAAGAAAGCCUGCUUUUAGAAGAUUCUGAAGAUGAAGAGGGUGACUUAUGCAGAAUCUGUCAGAUGUCCUCUGCAAGUUCUGACAACCUUUUAAUAGAGCCAUGCAAAUGCACUGGAAGCCUGCGGUAUGUUCAUCAGGAGUGCAUGAAAAAAUGGCUGCAGUCGAAGAUAAAUUCAGGUUCUUCUUUGGAAGCAGUGACAACUUGUGAAUUGUGCAAAGAGAAGUUGCAUCUCAAUCUGGAAGACUUUGACAUUCAUGAACUUUAUAGGGCACAUGCAAAUGAACAAGCAGACUAUGAAUUUAUCAGCUCUGGUCUCUACCUUGUAGUGUUGUUACAUUUAUGCGAGCAGCGCUUUUCUGAUAUGUUAGGAACUGCAAAUGAGGCCAGCACACGUGUCAGAGUAAGUAUGCAGUGAUUUUCUGGCAGGAAUUACUCAUACAGAGAACUUGGAAGCAGAUUGUUACCUUGAGUGACCUAGGAGCUAGAUACCCAAGAAACACGCUUUUAAAACAAAUUUAGGUUUAAAAUGGGCUGUGCUUGUCAGUGUGCUGUGUUUGAUUGGAAGCUGAAGGUACUACGUAAUUGCAGGUACUCUGCUUCAGAAUACUUUCUGUCAAAGUUGUUGGUAAUUCAUUAGUUAGCACACAUCAUACAGUUAGCAUACAUGUUGUUGUGAUUAUUGUGAAUUUAUGCAAAACUGGAAGGCUAAUCUCUCUCUGUGCCAAACAUGCAUUCAAGAAUGCUAGACUACCUGGUUUGUUUAAUUUUUCUCAUUAUGCAAGUCUGUAUUGCAAAGGUCUAGAACUUGUGUUUGUCUAGUGCACUAGACUAGUGCUUGUCUGCCAGAGUACACCUAAAUGUGUACUUGAAUAUUAACAUUCUGCAACAGCCUAUAGCUGUAGUGUGAGUUCUCUGGUAUUAGUCCAAACUCUUUAUUAGUUGUGUUUGACUGCAUUCUCAUCACUUGAAAGGUCUGGCUUAGGGACGUGUUAAGUACACCUUUAACCAGUAAGAGAUCAGCAUACAGAGUUCUUUCUGCACAGUGAUUCACUCAUAAAUCCAGUUUGCUACAUGUUUAUUUGAUACUAGAUAAUUAAUCAAUGCUCUUAGUAAACUGAGCUCCUGAAAAGGCAGUUAUUUUUAUUUUUUUCUUACAUACAGAGGAGUGACAGUAUUAACCUUUUCCAGUGCACAUGGAAAUGGUUGACUGCUAGAAGGUAGUAGAUCUUUGGAAGAGGCAGGACUGUGCUCUACCUAAUCUUCUAAUGUAUUAGAGCAGUGCUCCUCUUUUCUGUACAGAUCCAAUGUAGAGCUUGUAUUCCGUGCUCCAGUUUCUGUGCUACAAGUGCAGAGAUACAAAA